CCCGGCUAGAUGUCCGUUGGCGUGUGACGGGAUGACGUGUUGUCACGAGUCCUGCGUCGGCGGAUGUGACGGCAGAACGAACCGCGAUUGUGUAGCCUGCCGCAACCUGGCCCAUGAUGGCGUGUGCGUUGACAGUUGCCCAGCGAGCACAUACGUGUACAAAAAUCACCGGUGCAUUCAAGCGGCUGAAUGCCCGCACUAUUGGAAGCUGCACAACGGAGAGUGUAUCGAGGAAUGCCCUACCAGUUUCAUCACCAACAUUACCAAUGCACGCUACUGCCAACCGUGUGAUGGUCCUUGCCCGAAAGUUUGUGAAGGCCGCAUGGUAGUCAACUCCGUGGGGGACGCAGCAAACUUGGCCGGCUGCACCAUCAUCAACGGGUCCCUGGAAAUCGGCAUCCGGAGUGGAACCAACAUCAUGAAAGAGUUUGAGAAGAAUCUUGGUAUGAUUGAGGAAGUGACUGAGAGAAUUGUCAUCAGGAUGGCGUACUCUCUCGUCAGUCUCAACUUCUUGAGACGUCUCAAGCGCAUCGGCGGAGCCUCUCUAGAAAACGGGUUGUACUCCUUUUACCUGUUGGACAAUCGGAAUCUUCAGCAACUCUUUGACAUCCGUAACUACCCCAACAUCACCAUCGGCAACGGUUCCCUCUUCUUCCACAACAACCCGAAACUCUGCGUCUCCAACAUCACCACGUUUGAGUCCCAGGUGAACUUUCUGGUCCCGCCCAAGAGCAACAACUUUGGAACCAACGGCGACCAAGUAGCAUGCAGCAUCCACAAAAUUAUCGUCUUCGCCAAACCGGGCAAAAGCACCUUGAUACUGCGCUGGCAGUUUGAAACCAGCCAGAUCAGCGAUAAGCGCAACCUGCUGGGUUUUAUCGUCUCGUACAGAAAAGCGCCGUACAAGAAUGUGACCGUAUUGGACGGAGAGGACGCGUGUGGGACGAGUCAAUGGCAAACAGUCUAUGAGAAUCCGGACAAGACGGGCACCAUGCUGGUAGGCUUAGAACCCUGGACACAGUACGCCAUCUUUGUCAGGUCCUACCUGAUCUCCAACACGGAGGAAGGAGCCCAAAGCGACAUCAAGUACAUAACCACCAAAGAAAAAGAGCCAGGCCCGCCGUCUGAUCUCAUGGUGCUGGCCGAUUCCUCCAGCCGACUCAUCGUGUCCUGGGGCCUGCCCAAGAAACCCAACAGUAACAUCGUGGAGUACCUGGUGCGCUGGCAGAAACAGGAACUGGAAGUCAACAUGUUCAGCACGCGGGACUUCUGCAGAGAAAAACCGCCAACUCUGGUGUCGGGGAUCAUAGUCAAACCGGAGGAGGAAACCACCGAUAUGAACCAGACAUGUCAGCAUGGAUGCUGCGCCUGCCCCAAGGACAAAGAGCAACUCAAGUUGGAAGAAGAAGAGGCGUUGUUCCAAAAACAAUUUGAGAACUUCUUGCACAAUCACGUCUUUAUUCAGAGGCCUGACGCUAAGAGACGCCGCCGUGAAGCCCCGGAUGACGCCCUCGCGGGUACCCCUCCUGCUGCAACGGUCUUGCCCGCUAGCGUACGGUUCAACAGCACCACCCCUAACCUCUUUGCCCCCAUGGGGACCUCCCCGGCCCCUACCCAGUUGCUCUUCAAGGAGCAGUUUGUGGCCAACACGACCGUUGCCCUGAUGGACUUGGACCACUUCACGGAGUAUGUGGUAGAGGUGCUGGCUUGCAACCGUGAAAAGUGCGGCCUCAAAAUGGCCACGUUUGGACGGACGCUACCCAAGCCUGAUGCGGAUGCCAUCCCGCCCACUGUGAUGGCCAACAUCACCUCUAAGGACCCCCAGGACCGGCGGGUCAAGCUGAGCUGGGAGGAACCCCCGUCCCCCAACGGCAUCAUCAUCCUCCACGAGAUCGUCUACUACAAGAUGGGCACCCAGGAGGGAGGGGAACCUCGGCCAGAGGAGAGAGAGGCUAAUGGUGAGACCAACGGCGAGGGUAACGGUGAGAAUCCCAUCGGGCAAGAAGCAACACCAGCAACCGAGGGCAAGCCGGAAGGCAAGAUGAUCUGCCUAUCAGAGGCCAGAUUCCACCAGCAGCACGGAUACGAGUUUGUAGGCUUAGACCCUGGCAACUACUCGGCUAAGAUUCGGGUCAUAUCAUUGGCCGGAGAGGGACCGUGGACCGAGCCCUAUAUGUUCACUGUGCCGGAACCUGUCCAUGAACCGACUUCGGCCCCAGACUCAGGCCUAGGGGCCAUGGGGAUCACUAUAGGCAUCUGCGUGGCUUUUGUCCUGAUUCUUGUCGCAGUCAUCUGGAUCCUGGUUAGGUGGAGAUACAAGAAGAACCAAAUGCCGGAUGGUGUGCUGUACGCCUCGGUCAACCCUGAAUAUAUGAGCACCAGCGACAUGUACGUCGCAGACGAGUGGGAAUUUCCACGGAAUCAACUCGACAUCAUCUGUGAGCUGGGCAAGGGAAGCUUUGGCAUGGUGUACGAAGGCCGUGCCAAGAAGAUUAGCCCCGAUGAGGACGUAACAACGGUCGCCGUCAAGUCUGUCCAAGCCAACGCCUCCAUCCGGGACCGGAUAGAGUUCCUGAACGAGGCUUCCGUCAUGAAGGCCAUCAAUGCACACCACGUGGUCCGGCUACUCGGCGUCGUGUCCAAGGGCCAGCCUACGUAUGUCAUCAUGGAGUACAUGGCACAAGGGGACCUCAAGAACUGGCUAAGGGCACGCCGGCCGGAGAACCAAACCGACGUACCACUUCAAAACAGAAAGUACCCGCCCAGCCUGACAGACAUCCUGAACAUGGGAGCGGAGGUCGCGGACGGUAUGGCCUACCUGACCGCCCAUAAGUACGUCCACCGCGAUCUCUCGGCCCGUAACUGCCUGGUGUCGGAAGAGAACACCUGCAAAGUGGCCGACUUUGGCCUGGCCAGGGACAUCUAUCAGUCGGACUACUAUCGGAAAGAGAAGGGGGGUAUGCUGCCCAUACGCUGGAUGGCUCCGGAGUCCAUCAGAGACGGGGUGUUCCAGGCAAGCUCCGAUGUCUGGUAA